AUGCGGUACACGCAAGGCGACCUUCCAAUUCUCAGUGCUGAGGUCUAUGAUGACAGCGCCUCGCUUGGCUCCUCGACAGCGGUAGCAACCAGAAGAAAGGCACAAGGACCCUCUCCAUCCUCUCGACUCUCCGAAGAUAGCUCAAGAAAGCGUGCAAGGACAGAGUUUUCGGAGACUGUUGAGCCUGACGAUGAGAAGAAGAGGUCCAGGGGUCGACCUCGACUAGAUACGAAGGACGAGACCGCCGCUGAUCGGCGGCGGACUCAAAUCCGUCUUGCACAACGAGCAUACCGGAAUCGCAAGGAAAAUGCUAUCCAGACAUUGGAGAAGAAGGUGCAGCAGCUAAAGGACACCAACGAGGAGAUGAGCAACGCCUUCAUGCAGCUCCACGACUUCGCCUUGGCCAACGGCCUACUGGACCAAGUACCUGAGUUUGGCCGCCAGCUACGCAAGACAACGGAGAAGUUCCUCUCACUAGCACGAGAGGCAAGCGACGACGACGGGAAAGACGACGAGCCGAAGACCAGCGGCAACGGUAGCGGAGCUGACAGUAGAUCAAGCAAGGAGCAUAACCGCUCCGGUUCACCAGGCCAAGCCGGCGUCUCACCAAGAGCAGCGGGGACGAGCCCGUCAGAAUCCGGCACGGACAACACGUCCAAAACCCUCAUGGGCGGUCUCACAAUUUCCUACGAGCCAGUCACCCAACCCUCGUUUUCGACCCCUUCCCCAGUCUUCUCUAACACCUACGAAAUCCUCACCUAUCCAACUCUCGACAACGCAAGCUUUCCCACACUCUCCGACCCGGGCCUAGCCAUCCUCUCCGAGCGACAACAGCAGCAGCAGCAACAACAGCAACCACCCACUCCGUCCCCCUAUCUCACCCUCCCCAUGCCCGACAGCUACGCCCCGAUGGAAUCGACCUUCGGCCGACGCCUCCAGCGAUACGCCAUUGAGCGCGCCUUCAUGCUAAUCACCAUGCCCUCCCCGCCACAGGACAAGAUGCUGCACAUCUUCGGCUUCUCCCUGCUGCUUGAAUCGCCCGCGACCAUCAGCCGGCGACUGGCGCGGCAGCUGGGGCGGGACGACCAGACGAGUCUGCAUAACUGGCAGUACCCGUUUCUGGCGCUAGGUGGGGCGGGGACGCAUUUCAGGGGUAAUGGCAUUAAUACCCGGGGCGUUGGCGUUGACGUUGCUGAUGGGGGUAGUGGAGGAAGGAAAGGGAGGAGGGUGGGGAACCAGGGGACGGUGGACGUCGGUCGGCCUGCAGAGACGACCGGUUUCGCUACGGGGCCGUUUGACGAGGUUGUGAACUCUCUGCGGGACCGGGUGUUGGAUGAGGAUAUGCGCAUGGCGCUGCCCGGGUUUGCGGGGGAGUAUUUUGACUGCGAUGAGGCGGAGAUGUAUCUGUAUCAGCGCGGGGUGGUUAUACCACCUGGCUCGGAUGUUGUGACUGUCGAUGUCGAUGCCGCGUUGCUUGAGGAAAACGGUGGUGGAUACGGGGCUGGUGACGGAUGGAUGUCGGGGUUGGGAGACAUUGACAUCGGUGAUGCGGGGAGCGGUGGUACGUCGUCGAAUCUGUCGCCGAGUAGGAGUGACGGGAGUGAACAAGGGCAGGAGGGGACGGGGACUGGCUGGGCUGUUGGAGGUGGUGCUGACUUGGUUGAUCCGGCGAUUGCGGACAUGUUUUCGCAGCCGAAUCCGUUCAUGCCUAUCACACAGUCUGGCCGGGGGAGUAUGUUCCCCUUUGGGGCUUUGGCGCCGGACGGUGCUGGGAGCGCUGGAUAUGGUGUGGGGGCUACGCAGCCUAACCCUAGCCGCCGGAGAGUGGUCAUUGAUGCCAUGAGGCUCAUCAAGGAGAUGACCUCGCGGGCGAUUUGCCUGGGCCGCUCACCUGGGCUCAGACAGGCUGAUAUUGAUGCCGCGGUUCUGUCGACAGUGCGGGCUGGCUUGUUGUAA